AUGGAUGCGGACAUAUCAGAUACCAACGGUGAACCAGUUAUAGUUGACUACCCAGAAUGGCUACCAUCGGUGCUUGAUUUCCUUCUCGCCGCCCGUUUCGGUGGGCCAGUGGUUCAACCGCCUGAGCAGGACAUCAUAAAUCUCUGUACCGAGGCUAAAAAGAUGUUUCUAGCUCAGCCUAUGGUAUUGGAGCUGACGGGUGGAGUCAAUGUCGUUAGUGAUAUUAAUGGACAAUACGCUGACCUGUUGCGAAUCUUCAAACGCAGCGGUUAUCCUGGACCGGCUGCAAAUUACGUCUUUCUCGGCAACUAUAUCGGCUACGGAGCAGAGUCUAUGGAAGUUCUAUGCCUUGUUCUGGCUUACAAGAUUCGAUAUCCUGAAAACUUUUUUCUUCUGCGCGGUAGCCACGAAACCGCGCAGAUGAGCAGAAACGGCCGAAUCUACGACCAGUGCAAACGAUAUGAUACAUACCUUUGGUCAACCUUCGUCGAUCUAUUCAACUGCAUGCCUGUAGCAGCCAAAAUUCAGGAUAAAAUAUUCUGUGUGCAUGGAGGAUUAAGCCCUAAUCUACUUUCGAUGGAGCAAAUUCUACGGCGCGCGCGGACAACAGAUAAAUUUGGCACCGGUCUUCUGCGCGACUUGCUUUGGAACACCUUUGACCGUUGCACCGUCGAAUGGAAACCACAGGACGAGGCGGGCGAGUUCGAGGUUGUCUCCCGGUUCCUACAGAAACAUGAUAUGGAGUUUAUUGUCCGAGGGCAUGACAUUGUAGAUGCUGGAUACGAAUUCUCGGCGAGACGGCACGUUCUCACGCUCUGUAGCGCUGCCGACGUCGUGGCUGAAGACGGGAGCAAAGCCGCCAACACAGGCGCGAUAGUCCGCGUUGACGAGAGCCUCCGAUGUCACUUUGAGGUACGUUGA